CAAAAUUGCUAUAAACCAUCCAUCCAAAAUAGAAAAAUAUUGGUACGAAAGACAAAGACAAAGCCCUUACAAACCCUAGAAUUACAAAAACGCCCGCUCCAUAUAUCCAUCGAUCUUCAUCAUCUUCCCCAAAUCCUCGACUAAUCUCCGCCGUUCGUUUCCCCGCUUUCUCGAUCUCCGCCGUUCCUCCACCAUUCUCUGCGAGAUUCACGUACUAUCCGCCUCGGCGCUGUUUUCUUCACUCCAACAUCUCUAUUUUCCUCUUUUCAUGAUUGAAGAUGGACGGAAUGCAUGCAAACGAAGCUGGAAUGAUGCAUUACUUGCAAGAUCAACAUCAUCAUGGAUUACAUCACCAUAUGAGUAAUGGAAAUGCAAUUGAUCAAGAUGAGCAUGGUGAAAAUAAUAAUAUUGGCAGCAGCGGCGGGGUGAAUGAAGUUAUUGAUGGUGAUGUUGCACCUGAUAUAGGGAAUCAAUCGGAUAACCAUGGCCAACUGAUACCGCAAGUUGGGGGCACUGAGAAUAAUGAUUCUGUCUCUCCUGAGAAGGUUCAAGCUGUACUUCUACUACUGGGAGGGCGUGAAGUGCCUCCUAACAUUCCUACUGUUCCAGUAUCUGCUUCCAAUAACAGGGGCUUAUCCAGUACCCCACAGAAGUUCAACGUUCCUCAGAGGUUGGCAUCUCUUAUAAGAUUCCGUGAGAAGCGGAAGGAACGGAAUUUUGACAAGAAAAUACGUUAUACUGUUCGUAAGGAAGUUGCUCUAAGGAUGCAACGGAACAAAGGUCAAUUUACAUCCUCAAAGCCGAAUCAUGAUGAUUCUGCAUCAGCAGCAUCAAGUUGGGACUCAAAUCAAAGCUGGGGAGCUGAUGGCAAUGGAUCACAAGUUCAAGAUAUUUCCUGCCGGCACUGUGGUAUCAGUGAGAAGUCCACUCCAAUGAUGCGCCGUGGGCCAGAAGGACCAAGGACCCUUUGCAAUGCAUGUGGACUUAUGUGGGCAAAUAAGGGAACUUUGAGGGACCUCUCAAAGGCUACAACGCCGCUGGGAGCCAAUACUCUGCGUAAUAGAAAUGAGGAGAAUGGAAAUUUUGAAGCGGAAGAAAUGGUAUUGAGUGCUGCUGGAAAUGGCCAUGACUCGUCGUGAUCAUUGAUUCAUGUAGCUUUAUGUCACUAAUUUGAAAUAACUUAUGUAAACUAGCCUGGGGUGAGCUAUUAAUGUGAUAGUGGAAGUGGAUCUGAAACUCUGAGGCAAAAAAGUUUUGCCAAUGUGACUGUUUUAAAUGGAUACUCUGAGUUAAUAGUGGAUGUAACAUAAUCAGUUGGUUUGCCUUAUUUUC